CUCCUCCAUUCCCCCCUUCCUCCCGGGGAGAGAGAGCUUCAAGCAGCUGCUUUAGCUGUAGUGAUAGAGUCAUAGAGAGAGAGAGAGAGAGAGAGAGAGAGAGAGACGAGGCGACUGCAAGAACAGUUCGCAUCACUCCAAGAACCGCAAGGCUGAGCCUCUUGUUUGUUCGUCACCGCGGCUUCCCGGUGAAAAAUUUGGGCGGUUCCCCCUUCUCUUUUAUUCCACCGUUUUGUCGUUCUCGCUGUCCACCUUCUUCCCCUUUGCUCGAUCAUUUUCAUUCACGCGCAACGUGCCAAUCGAUCGAUCGGUUUGUGCGUACGUGAGCGAGCGUGCGUCGUGUUGCUGGGACGAAGAGGAGAGGGAAAUGGAGAGGAGGUUUUGUAUGGAAAUCUAUCGGAAGGUGAGGUAAUGUGCUGGAGGAGGAGGAGGAGGAAGAAGAAGAAGAUUCGGAAGCAGCCAUUAUAGCUGAAGCUUGAUCAAUCCGAGAGUGCCGCUUUCUGGGAUUCAUUCGGAGACGAUGCUUCGCAACAGAUCGAGGAGAGCGGUUGGUGCCAAGCAAGGAGGAGGAGGAGGAGCUGCCAUGGCGCAGCCUGAGCCGCCGCUGCCGCCUGCCACCACGGCGCAAUCCCCAAGGAGCAAGAGUUUCUCUUCUUCUUCUUCUUCUUCUUCUUCUUCUUCUUCUUCUUCUUCUUCUUCUUGCGCUGCUGCGGCGGCAGCUCCUGUGUUCCCUUCCCCGAGGCCGUUCAUGGCACUCCCGCAGGCCGGGUUCUUGGACGGCGCCGCCGCCGAGGGGCCCUCGUCGUCCAUGAGCCCCACCUCCAUUCUUGAGACCAAGCAGUUCUGCUGCUCCGCCGCCAUGCCCCCGUUCCUGUCGGAGAGGAGCCUCAGGAAAGCUCACAUGGAGAUGGCCGUCCCUGAGCCGGCCAGUGUCGGCCUCGCCGACGUGCUCCGGGAGCACAGGGACACCAAGGUGGGCGCCGGCAAGGUGGUGUUCGGGUCGCAGCUCAGAAUCCAGGUCCCCACGGGCAGGGCGGUCGAGCUGGUGUCCUCCCCGAUCGAGUUCGGCGUCAAGAACCGGGACGCGCACCUGGCGGCCCUGUCACCGGCGAGGAGGUUCUUGCCGGAGGUCGUCAGCUCGCCGUCCGCGCGGGUGUUCGCCGGCGGCGCCGUGUCCCCCGGGGAGAUGGCGAUGUCGGAGGACUACACCUGCGUGAUCUCCCGCGGCCCCAACCCGAGGACCACGCACAUCUUCGACGACUGCAUCGUAGAGAGCUGCGGGGAUGUGCUCGUGGAGAAGAUGGACGGCGUUGCCGGCGCCGGCGCCGGCGACGGCGACGCGGUGCGAACCAAUGGUUUCCUGAACUCUUGCUACGCAUGCAACAAGCGGCUUGGACAUGGCAAUGACAUCUUCAUCUAUCGAGGCGAUAAAGCAUUCUGCAGCAGCGAGUGCCGGUACCAGGAGAUGCUUUUCGACGAAGCAGUGGACAAUUUGCGCUAGCUGCUGAACGAAUGGAUCAUUCAUAGGGAGUAUUUCUAUGGAGGAGGAAGACAAUAGUCCUAAAUAACUGAGAUGAGAUUUGUUUUUAUUUUUCGUUUUCUCGAAUUCGCAAGAUUGGGUGCUGUUUUUGGCCAUGGAGGAAUUAAGGAAUGAUUUAGCCUUCUGCGGAUUAUAAGACCUUUGCCCACUUUUGUAAGAUGGUGAUUAUUGAUUGCUUGGGGGCAUCUUGUUUUUGUGACUUUCGAGUUAGUUGCAAUCUGAUGCUUUUGAUCUAUC